GGCCCGACAUCAAUCACUUACUCACCCACCACAGAAUCGCACAAUAUGGCACCAGCGAAGAAGAAACAGCGUUUGUCUGACGGGAGCACCCUUGCGCUCGAUCAAGAAGAUGAAAAACCUGACGCUCCAUCUGAACCAUCCGCUCAAGACAAAUCAACGAAGCAUGCGAAACGUUCUCUCUUUGUACGACAGUUGCCAGCGAACACAACCACCGAGUCGUUGACCGAGCUCUUCUCAAACACGUAUCCUGUCAAACAUGCGACUGCCAUCAUCGAUCCAGCCACCAAGGAGUGUCGCGGCUACGGUUUCGUCACCUUUGCCGACGCUGAAGAUGCUGAAUUGGCAAAGAAGGAAUUUCACAAUUACCUAAUAGACGGAAAGAAAUUGCGAGUCGAGCUUGCAGAACCGCGCCAGCGCGACGGCGAUAUUGCAACAACUUCAAAGGUCAAGAAGGAAGAAGAGGUGCAACUGCCGCCGAAACUCAUCGUUCGAAACCUGCCAUGGUCAAUCAAGGGCUCAGAACAGCUCACCAAGCUCUUUAUGAGUUAUGGAAAAGUGAAGCAGGCAUACGUCCCCAGGAAGGGCCCUGGUCUCAUGGCAGGAUUUGGAUUCGUCAUCAUGCGAGGUCGGAAGAACGCCGAGAAGGCUAUCGAAGGUGUCAAUGGCAAGGAGAUCGACGGCAGAACGCUGGCAGUCGAUUGGGCUGUGGACAAGGUCGCUUACGAAGGCAUGAAUGAGGAUAAUGGGGAUAAGUCGAGCGCCAAACAAGAGUCGCUUGAAGACGGUGACGACUCGGAUGAGGAUGGAGAAAUGAACAUGGGAGACGGGGAGGAGGAUGAUGAUGAUGAGGUCGACAUUGCUGACGACGAUGACGAAGACGGGGGCGUCGAUCUUGAGGAUGACGAUGACGAAGCGAAUGGAGGUGAUGAUGACGUUGAUGAUACGGAAGAGAAUCGAACCGAAGACAAGUCGCAUACAGUCUUUGUCCGAAACUUGCCCUUCACAUGCACCGAUGAAGACCUUGAGGAUCACUUCUCGCAGUUUGGUAGCACACGCUAUGCGAGAGUUGUCAUGGACUUCAACACUGAGCGCUCUAGAGGGACAGGCUUCGUCUGCUUCUAUAACAAACAGGAUGCCGAAGCUUGCGUUCGCGGUGCUCCUCAACGACCCCUCGUCACUGGUCAAGACGGAUUUAAACGGGGUGACAAAUCAACACAAGCGAUGCACUCAAUCUUACAGAACGAUGGGGCAGAUCUGACUGGGCAAUACACACUCGACGGACGUGUGUUGCAGGUCACUGCUGCCGUUGAGAAAGCACAGGCGAACAGGCUGGCAGCAGAGGGAACAGCACAGCGGUCUAAGAGAGACAAUGACAAGCGGAGACUCUAUUUGCUGUCCGAAGGGACAAUCUCAACGAAGUCAAAGCUGUGGGAUCGUCUCGCACCAUCCGAGAAAGCCAUGCGCGAGGCCAGUGCCAAGCAGCGAAAGACUCUGAUCGAAAGCAACCCUUCUUUACAUCUGAGUCUCACCCGACUUUCCAUUCGAAAUAUCCCUCGCAGCGUCGGCGCCAAGGAGUUGAAGGCAUUGGCGCGUGAUGCGAUUGUCGGGUUUGCUUCCGACGUCAAGAAGGGCGCGCGCGAAAAGUUGUCCAAAGAAGAGCUUGCUCGUGGCGGCGACGAAAUGCGUGAGGCAGAACUUGCACGUAAGCGCUCGGGUAAGGGUGUCGUUAAACAAGCGACGGUCGUUUUCGAGGGUGCCGGUGGUACCAAGAUGAGUGAAGAUACCGGCGCCGGCCGGAGUCGUGGCUACGGGUUCAUUGAGUACCACACGCACCGAAAUGCCCUGAUGGGGCUGCGUUGGCUCAACGGUCACGCUAUUGAUUAUAAAGUUGCUGAGGGACAAUCAGCAGGCAGUCGCGAGGAUGCUCAAGAUCGGAAGAAGCGCCUUAUUGUGGAAUUUGCCAUUGAAAAUGCGCAGGUCGUUAUGCGACGGAAAGAGAAGGAAGACAAGGCUCGCGCAAGGAGUAAAGACGUCAAAGGUUCUGAUGCUGACGGCAAGGGUACCUUCCGAGGCAAAGACAAAGGGCACAAACGCAAACGUGGGUCAGAGCUGCCGUCGGCAGAAGCGAAAUCAAGCGUUGUUGAUAGUGGUGAGGCGGCGAAGAAGAAGAAGACUGACGAGGAGAAGCUUGCGCGGCGCAACCAGAUCAUAGGUCGUAAGCGAGUGAAGCGUGCUGCAAGGAAAGGUGGGAAGUAAUUUGAUGGCUGGUCCUGCAUCAAGAUGUCUCGAUCAUCAAAUUUGUAAAUGUAAAAUGCUUUGCAAUAUUAUCGCUGCAUUUGGACUCGAG